UCAGCGGGGCCGGGCCAUGGGGCGGAGGAGGAAGACGCUGCACGACUACGCGGCCGAGUUCUCGGAGCUGUCGGUGCGGCGGGAGCCGGCGGGGCCGAGCGCGCCGGGCCCGGACGGCGCCGUGGAGACGCUGUUGUGCACGCCGUGCCAGCUGCCCCUGAGGGUGCGCCGCGACCGCAUCCUGGAGCACCUCAGCUCGGGCCGCCACUGCCGCAACCGCCGCCUGCUCCGGCAGCUCGGGCUGCGCGCCCCGGGGCUCCGCUCUGCAGGUCCUGAUUCCAGCCUGAGCCUGAGUCUGCCCCUGCCGCUCGACGUGCCCUCCCUGCUCUCCCAUCCCUCCUUCAUCAUCACCACUGGAUCCAGCACCGGCUACAGCAUGGUCCCUUCGCCACCCUCCUACCACAAGCUGCUGGUUCCCCACCACCCCAUCACCGCCGCGCACAGGGACGACCCAACGCCCUCCACCUCCGCCAGCCACCCCUCACCACUGGCCACUUUCCACACCAGGAUGGCACCUCUUGGCCAAAGUGGGGCCGCACCUGAUGCCUCCAACAGCCCGGCACCCCCCUCAUGUCAUGGUGGCAGCAGCGUUGGCCUCGUGCUCUUCGGCGUGGGGCUCGUGAGCAAAGCCUUGUUGCAAAGCCUGGCGGAGGAAACGGGCUGCUGCCUGCUGUACGUGGUGGAGGAUCGGCCGGAGGAGGUGGAACGUGCCUUCGGUGCCGAGCUCCCGGCUGGCACCAGGGCGCUGCGGCUGCAGGACGCCGCCGUCGCGCUCGGCGAUCCGCGGGUCUCUGGAGCCAUUAUUUGUUCCCCACCUGAUGAAGCCCCUGAGAUGAUAAGAGAUGCUUUACGAGCAGGUAAAGGUGUGUUCUGCGAGGGGCUGCCCAGCGUGGACAGGCAGACAGCAGAAGCCUGUUUCGAUGAGGCCGACAGGUGUGCAAGGCCACUCGUGUGCGGGUUCUACAAGCGCUUUGACCCAGCCCUGCAGUUCUUGUACAAGAAGGUGCGGGACAGCCAGGUGCUGGGCAGGAUCCACCGGAUAUCCACCAUCAGCAGCCUCUAUCCAGCAGCCUCUCUGAGCCUCCUGAAAGCUUCAGGUGGAAUUUUUUACAAUGCUGCCGUGCAUGACAUAGAUAUUAUCAGUUUGUUGUUGGGAGAGAGUGUGCCGGAUACAAUAUUUUCCCUGGGCCAUGCCUUCUGUGCAGACGUGGGCUGCCUGAGGGACGUGGACACGGUCGCCAUCAGCAUGAAGUUCCCCAGCGGAGCCAUUGUCACUCUGGAUGUCAGCCAGCACUGCACCAGGAGUUGUGACCAGCGGCUGGAGGUUCACGGGUCUCAAGGGACGUUAAGGGUGGACAACCAGAACCCCCUGGGCAUCACAGAGCACGGGACUUCUGUGUCCAUCUGUCCCCAAACCCAAGCUGAGCGCUACAGAGAUGCACACAGGGAGCUCUUCCGGCACUUCCUGAGAACCUUGAAAGGCCAGGAGCCCCCCGUGGUCACCAAGGAGCAGCUCCUCUGGACAAUCCGGGUCGCUGCAGCGGCCGAGCAGUCCUGGAGGAAGGGAUCUGCCGUGGACUUGCGCAGCGGUGCCAUGGAUCCGGCCAGAGUCAAGGCCGAGGUCGUGUGACAACCCCUCAGCUGGGACACGGGGAGGAAUUCCCACCUAGUGGCCUCAACGUAGGCCUGGAUGGAGGUUUUGAUGUUCUCACUGGGAAUGCCCAGCAGACAGAGGCACUUGUGAACCCGGAGCACUCGGUGCUGGGGCGGUGCAGGAUUCCCACCACGUCAGCCAGAGCCUGCAAGACAUUCCACGUGGUUUCGUCCAGGUGGCUUUUCCUCCUGGAGAGUGCUGCUGGCCACGGAGCUCUGUUUUCCCAGGAGAAGAGUGAAAUGCUCCUUGGGCCAGGCAGGGCCACCAAAAGCUGGGAUGAGGGAGAAGUCUCCCCUUGGAGCGGGAACAGCCACUGCCUGCCUGGAGGAGAAGUCACAAGCAGGUUGCCUUCCCAGUGUGACAUAAUGCUUAAAAAAAUACAGGAGUAUCUGGUCUGUGAGUAUGUUUGGAUUGGAUAUAUGGAAGAAAUUCUUCCCUUUGAGGGCGGUGAGGGGCUGGAAUGGAUUUCCCAGAGAAACCCUGGUUGUUCCAUCCCUGGAAGUGACCAAGGCCAGGUUGGACAGGGCUUGGAGCAACCUGGGACAGUGGAAGGUGUCCCUGCCCAUGGCAGGGGGUGGAACUGGAUGAGCUUUAAGGUUCCUUCCGACCCAAACCAGUCUAAGAUUCCAUGAUCCUGUUUGGGACACCGACCCCAGCAGAAGGCAGAGCCACAGGCCAGUCGGUGGCUCUGACAGGAGCUUUGGACCUUUGUCAUGCGUGGAGCUCUCUGCAGGUGUGUGGCUCUGACGGUGCCUGUCUGGCUGUCACAUGCCAGUUUUCAAGAUCUUUUGAAAGCUUUUUUUAUUGUAUUUUUAUUGAAUUACAACAACAUUCUUGCCUUCUUCCAUUUCAGGGUGUUAGUUCAUAAACUUCUUGCAAGAACCUUUAGUUCAAUCAAUUUCCAAUUCCUACCUAUGGAAUAUAUACUCCUAAAACUAGAAAUAGUGGUGACAUUUGUGUUCUCUUUGGGAAAUUGUUUUUAACUGUAAUUUUUCAAGCUCUUAAUGCUUGUUCUACAUUUCAUUCGCUAUUUUUUAGCCAUUUAUUGAGGGAAAAAAAAAAGUUUUAUGUAUCCAGAA